AUGAAGAGAUCACCCGAUUUCAAGCACCAGCCUCUGGGUCACCCCUCGUCGAGUAUGGGAGACUCGCUCUUCGCAACACUGCCCCUGGAGCUCAGGGCCCAGAUAUUCGCCCAUCUGCUGAUCCGGCCCGUGAAGUGGGAUACACUGCACCGACGCAGACCCCGACCGCGGUAUCCCAGGACUGGGACCAACUCGACUAGCACAGCCUCUAACAACACUCCCGACGGCAAGACGGCCAACAUCAACAGCAGCAGCAACAACAACGACAACACUGGUGCAUACCGUGAGUGCCAGGCCGAACUCUUCCACCGGCACACCAUCACAAGCCUCGAGUGCAUCCCCCCUUGCGCAUCAGACUACGCGGGCAGCGACCCACGCUUCUGGCGCCGGCGGCGCGAAGUGCAAACCGCCGCCGCCGCCGCCGCCAUUACAGUCACCACCACCAGUAACGCAGGACCGGCAGCGGCAGCAGUGGCACACGACGAGCGGCCCAUCACCGUUGCCCCGUGGCAGAGCACGUAUGCCCCAGAGCAGCGCAACAAAUCCCUCUGCAGCGAGUGCUACGAGCGCAAGUUCCGCGGUGGCGGCGGCGACGGCGGCAGCAACAAUGGCUCACCAGAGGGAGCGGCCAAGUACGACACCCCGCGCAAGGCACUGCGCAGCCUACCCUGCCUGUGCGCGAGGCGGCAGCAUCUGCAGGUCCUGCUCGUGUGCCGCGCCUGGUACGAGGAGGUGGGGUACGUGUUCUACACGGGCAACACGUUUGCGUUUGGGCACCCCGACGAGGUCCUGGGGUUCUUGGGGUUCUUGCGCCCCCGGUGGAAGGCGCUGGUCAGGCGCGUCAGCUUCAUGGUUCUGGUGGUGAGAGAUGGUGCUCUGGGGUACCAUGACCCGCGGCCCGCGAGGACGGCGAGGGAGGAGAUUGAGAUGACGGCCGAGGUCGCGCGGUCGGAGGAGAUGGAGAUGGCGUGGAGUCUGCUUGCGAGGGAUCUGCCGGGCUUGAGGGAGCUGGAGAUUGAUGCUGUGCUGCUUGCCCACGAGGAGUCUGCGAGGAUGUUGCAGAGCGUAGAGUUUGUAGGGCAGGGGCUGAAGACUGUGAAGUUUGUGCAGGGGAUGCCUGGGACCCUGCCGGCGCAGACGGAGUGGCACGACUGGCGGGAUUAUAUGUAUCUCUGGCCGAGGUUCGCGGGUAGGCGGGAGAUUCCAAGCGAGGAUGGCAGUUUCGCGGCUGAGGUGGCGAGGCUGACGAUGGGAAAGAUGGUCGAUAACGCAACGAGUUUGGCACAACGACAGUAUGACCCUGCAUCCACGGAUCGGCAAAACUACGUGAGGCGCUUCGAGGAAGCAAGGGAUGUGAAUUUACAUCGCUGA